UCUGUGGAUCUAGGUUCGUGGAGGCGAGAACUUUAAUGGAGAAGGCACUCAACUAAAUUUAAUAUUAACAAUUAUUUAUUAAUGAUUAUAAUAAAAUUAACAAACAACUAAAUGUAAAUAAAAAAGAAACAUAUAGGGCUGUAACUACAUUGUCAAUAGUAUAUUUAUAUUGAAAAUAUAAUAAUUAAUAUAAGCAUAAUGUCCACAAUAUUAAUAUAAAUCUGUUAUUAACUAAUGGUGGCUUAUCAUGCCUGUAUUGUACACCAGGUGCUGUGCUAAGUGCUUUAUAUAUAUUACUUAUCAUCUUCACAAUAAUACUCUCACAUGGGAAUUACUGAAGCUGUGAUUCAAAGUUGCACAGUUUGCACAUGGAGGAAGCCAAACUGGAAUAGAGCCCAGGCUCUGUGCUAGGCUGUCCCACCAACUCCCUGAGGGGUAAUGAAUGGCAACUCCCCCUGGGAAGAUGCCAGUCUCACAGAAGGCAGAUGUGAACUCAGGGGGAGCCCCAGGGCAGCCCUUUGGUCCCCUCACUCCUGUCUGUCUCUGUCCUCAUGCAGCUCCAGUACCAAGGCAGCCCCUUUAGUGACCCUGGCUUCUCAGCCCCUGAGCUCCAGCUCAGCAGCCUGCCUCCUGCCGCCAUCUCCUUCAAGACCUGGCAUGCCCUGGAUGAUGGAGAGCGGCUGGGCCGUGCCCAGGGGGCCUUCUUGGCCUUGUCCCAGCACCUGCAGCUCGUGGGGGAUGACCAGAGUGACCUGAACCCUGGCAGUCCUGUCCUGCUGGCUCAGCUUGGGGCUGCGAGACUCAGGGCCCAAGGCCUGCUGGGCAACAUGGCUGCCAUCAUGACCGCCCUGGGCCUGCCCAUUCCCCCAGAAGAGGAUACUCUAGGGCUUGUCCCAUUUGGGGCCUCAGCCUUCGAGAGGAAAUGUCGAGGCUACAUAGUGACCCGGGAAUAUGGCCACUGGACAGACCGAGCUGUGAGGGACUUGGCUCUGCUCAAGGCCAAAUAUCCUGGAUAGAGGAGAUGGGACUUCUUGUCAGAGGCUGCAACACUUCCCCUUUCACAAUGGACUCUUUUCUGCUUUGCUUCUUGGCUAGAAAGGAGACACAUCUCAUCUAGCAGACAGGGCUUGUGUGCCAUGUAUUUGGGACUAUCUACUGGGAACCAGGCCUCAAGUCCCUAUUGCCUAGGCCUUCCUGCCUGGGUCAUAUGGUCUGCCUUCCAGAUCUGGGUGGGACUCUAUAGAUAUCAUUUCAAGGAUUACCAAUCCAGUGGUACUGGUUGCCAACUUCCUGGGUGGGAAGAAAUGCCUCUUUGAAGACCGUUCACUUCCCCCUCUACAAGGAGAGAGGACAGUUAGUCUCCUUCGUGGGCUCUCCCCAAGACCUUCCCCUUCCUGUAAUUUUGGGGAGGUUCAGGGGCUGCCUUCUUGUCUCUGUCUACCUCACUUCCUGUAUGAAGAUAUGGACUUUCUGAGCACAUAGGCCUCUCUUCUUCUUGCUAGGGUUCAUUUCCCUCCCUAGUCUACCUCUCUGACUGUGGCCACUGUUCCAGCUUCCCAUCUUAAGGAGCUCCACUUCCUGAUCAAUGGAAGUCCAAUUCUUGAAAAACUAAGAACUCAUGUCACAUCUGUUCCCUGCUCAGGACACAUUCACUUCCUGUUCCUGGCUGACAGAUGGCAUCCCUGGCCUGGGGCUCUCAUGAGU